UCAGACUUCAGAUAUCUAUUCAAAUGUUUUUGACAUUCAAAUCUUUCGACUGUUGUGUAGUUUUCAAAGCUACAUUUUCUACAACUUCACACAAACUUUCCCUGGCUGGUUCACAGCUAUGUUUCUCUUCAACCACAGUAAACUUGUUUUUCUGCUCUCGCCUUCUCAUGUGGCUGAACACUUGGACAUACUGUACAUUGAUUAGUAGCACCUUUACUAAAGUGCAUGGCUUGGAUAUUUAAAUGAAAACUUGUUUCUGCCUGACUGCCUUGCUCUCACCUUGUAAGGUUGGCCGGGUGUCAUUUACCUUCACCUUUUCUUGCCACUCCUCAUGUGAAGUAAAAACACUUCAAAACAGGUGGUAAACAGUCUGGAGAUAUGGAGUCUUCAGAAUUCUCCAUGCUGUCAUCCUUGAGGGGAGAGUUUAAAUCAGAGGAUUAUAUUCAGCCCCACUACAAAGAGUCUUAUCGUCUGGCAAUUGAUCGCCUUGUGAGCGACGGCAGAGACAGUUACCUGGAAUUCCUCAAGGGAGAACGCAUCGGGAGCUUCCUUUCAGAAGAGGAGCUUCUCUUCAUUACUUCAAAUGCACAACAACCCCCACCUCAAACGUACACAGAGGAGAUCGUUGCUCCAUCAGAUGGCCCGUCCUCCUCAGGCACCUACUGGCCCAUGCACUCAGAUGUGGAGACACCGGAUUUGGAUUUAGGGUGGCCUGACUUCCCUCAUGACCAACUACAGACUAAUAUAGAUCUGCUCUUUCAUCCACCAAGACAAAACACCCCCAGCAUCAAAGAGGUGAUCCGGAAACUCAUUCAGGAAGCAAGACAGGUCAUUGCCAUUGUGAUGGACAUGUUCACUGACGUCGAUAUAUUCAAAGAAGUCGUUGAUGCCUCUGCACGAGGUGUGCCGGUCUACGUGCUUCUGGAUCAUUCUCAUUUGAAAGGUUUCCUCUCAAUGGCUGAAAACCAUGAUGUGAAGAUUCAACAACUCAGGAACAUGAGGGUGCGCACUGUGAAGGGUCAUGAUUACCUCUGUCGAUCAGGAGCCAAAUUUCACGGGGAAAUGGGGCAGAAGUUUCUUUUAGUCGACUGCCACACAGCAAUUUAUGGCUCAUACAGCUUCACUUGGUCCUUUGAGAAGAUCAAUCUGAGCAUGGUGCAGGUCAUCAAAGGCCAUCUGGUGAAGCUGUAUGAUGAGGAGUUUCGGACACUCUAUGCCCGGUCGACUGUGCCAGCAGAACUGUGUCCUCCAGAGGGCUUGUCGCAACGCAACGGGCUAUACGGGCAACAGAAUCUGCCAAUGGGUCAUUCUGGACAGAAGAUUGAGCGCAGGGACCUGUUGCGGCACACGCUUGACACAGUCUAUCGGAAGACCUGUGAGAGGAAACUGGGUAUGAGAAACCUUGAAGAGAGGCUCCUUGAAGAGGAACCUCAUGACUUCGGGCCCUUAAUCGAGAAUGGGAUUGGUGUCCAGAACCAGAUAUCCCAGUUUCAGUCUGCGGAGGCAAUGAAUCUUUUGAAAAGACACAGUUAUGCAGGGGAGAGACAAGAUCCAUACAUGCCGGAAAACAUCAGGCCCAGAGCAAGCCAGUGGAAUAUCUCCAGAGACACAGGAAAUGGUACAAACAACUAUGCCAUGAACAAUUAUUUACAUGUACCACAGACAUACAGAGGUGACCAAGUGAAUCCGUCCAUCCAGAAAAAUGUGCCCACACUGGAGAAUACGUCAAAGUCAUAUAUGCGUACAUUGCGGAUCGAGUCUUACCUCAAAAACCCAGAUGUCCCAUUUGGAGACUCUAGUGACUAUUUAGACCAGUUUGAGGCGAUGGACAAAGCACAGGGAAGAACAAGGUCUUCAUUUGUUUUCAGGUCCAACAUAGCAGACCAAAUGGAGCCGAAUAGACACAUGAACAGCACAAAUAUUGUCUCCUCAGCAGCACCAAACACACCUAUGCACUACACGUCAAUGCAGUGGAAUCCUACGGCGGGAGGAGACAAUAGAAUGAAUGACGAGUUCAUGAUGAAGAGACAAAGUUUGCAGAUUCUGGACGACAAUCGCUAUAAUGCAUGCUUUAGUCCGGGGAAAAACUCGUACCCAGCUGUUUAUGCCAGCUUAGGCAGAAAUAAAGGUGGACACAUGCUCACAAACCCUGACAUCCUGGCAGAUGGUUGGCACAAACGACACAGCUUGGCUGAUCCAAGAUCCAGCACAGAGUGCACACAUGACAACCCCGGUCACAUGUAUGGAGGUUUUCCAAGGAUGCAAGUAAAUAAGAGCACCAUGGGGUUAAAUGCACAGAAUGGGGCAUACAUAUCAAAUUUGAAUGAAGAACAAAGAUCUGUCUCUCACUAUGAUGUCAAGAAUAUCACAGGUACAAAGGGGCCCUGUAAUCCCAAUUGGCAAGAGCCACCAUCCAGAACUUUGUCUGCAGUGGCACUGGACAUGAAUAGGAAAGAUCUGACAGGUAAAUCCAACAGCAGGGAUCCUCAACAUUUUUCCCAGAGGAGUGCCACAAAAAUAACUUCCUUAUUGAACAUACCAGAGAAAAAAGAAGAUCUAGCCGCUGCCACAGACACACUAAGCCUCAAGUCAUGUGGUAGCACAGACACUAUAACAGCUGAGGACGAAACACCAGGUGGAGGAGGAAAACAUUAUCAAAACACCACCAACUUCGUCAGGUCCUCCUCAGAGCACCAGAGGAGCAGGCUGAAGGAUGACCAUAUAGACUCUUCAAAAACUCAGCUGACAACUGAGGAGCCCCGACAUACAAGGCAUCUUUCUCUCCCCAAAACGUCCAGACAGAAGAAACCCGCGGUUCUUGAAAAAAGUGCAAAGCCCAGCUUCGACGCAGACAGCUGGAAAAGAAACAAAGGACCGGAGACUCGUCUGUAUAGCAGAUUUGAGCCUUUCUGCUCAUUCGAAAAGAAAGCGCCAACGUACACACCACACACCACACACACUCAGGAGAAAAACAGAGGUCUACCGAAAGUCGAGGCAGCUACCGGUCACGGCUUCACCCGAACUGCACGAGGACACCAUGAAAAUAAGCUGGAGAAAUUCUUUCAAAGAGUGGGAAAUCUCAUACACAAGAACAAGUAGUCUACACAAGCCAGUCAUUAUAAAUACACACAUUGUUUCACUUGUAUUAUGUAUAGCUGUGUUUCCAUCAUGGAACCAUCAAGUACCUUUACAGUACCUGGUAGGGAGGACAUCCAGCAGCUGGUAACGAAAAAUGGAACGGUUGGGGCUAUUUUGGUAAUAUUACUUUUUCGGAAACACGCCGCAAGUGUUUACUUUGAAAAAAUGCUUUUUUUGCAAAAACUGUUUACAUUUUGAACUUUGCCUUCUUUUGUGCACUGAUUAAUGAACUACUUAAAAGGAAGAUAGAUUAUAUUUUAUAUGAAUACAUGCUGAAGACUUUUUUGUUAAUACGAGAAUCUUAAAUUGCCACUUUAAACUAUGUGAACUUCAUCUGCUGAAUCUGUCCAGACAAUACAUUUAAAUACUCUAGUAGUUGUGUGGAGAUGUCAAUAAUGUAUACAAUUUAUUGCUCUAAAUGUGGGUGUGUACACAUGCUGUUUUUUGUCAUCAGCAUCAUGUUUUUGGUAUGUCAUAGAUGUGUAAACUCACCAUUAAUCCACAUGAUGAAUAAUAUCCUUGACAUUUGUGUGUCAGUCAGUGUCACGUUUUCAUAACGAUAUGGGGGUUGCAAUGUUUUGGUAGAAUACAUGACGUGGUUAAUAAAUUUUUAUAUCUUUUUUUUUAA